AUGUCUGUGAACAAUAAUAACCCUUCUAAAGGGAUUGGGGCCUCUUCCUCGUCCUUUGGUAAUGCUGGAAUACCUUCCAAUUCUAUACCUACAAACCAUGGUUUUUCACAGUCCCAAGGACAAGCUCAGAUUCCCGUUGGCUUUCAAGGGCAGUUUCCAUUGUCCCAGGCCCAUGCUAUUGUCCAAGCUCAGUCCAAGGCUCAGGCUCAGGCUCAGGCCCAUGCCCAAGCAGCAGCUGCAGCCCAUGCUCAACUCCAGGCUCAUUUGCAAGCACAGGGGUUGAGUCUUAAUCAGAACCAGGGUGGUGGUUUGGGAAGUUUGGGGGUGUCGUCGCCGAUAUCCACACCAGGUAAUGCGAGUGGGAAACGGAUUCCUCUGAAACCUCCAAUUCGCCCAGUUGGAUUUUCCCCUACCAACAGCUUCUCGCCUUUGAGACCGAUGGAUCUCACACCAGCUGCACGGAGGAAGAAGCAGAAACUUCCAGAGAAACAGCUGCAAGAUAAAGUGGCAGCUAUACUGCCAGAGUCUGCGCUGUAUACACAGCUUCUUGAGUUUGAAUCUCGUGUUGAUGCAGCUCUUGCUAGAAAGAAGGCUGACAUCCAGGAAGCGCUCAAAAACCCGCCCUGUAUUCAGAAAACUCUUCGCAUCUAUGUAUUUAACACUUUUGCCAAUCAAAUUCGCACAAUUCCCAAGAAGCCUACUGCGGAGCCUCCAACCUGGACCCUAAAGAUAGUUGGAAGGAUAUUGGAAGAUGGUGUAGACCCUGAUCAGCCAGGAGUGGUUCAGAAGUCGUCUCCUUUGUAUCCGAAGUUUUCAGCUUUCUUCAAAAGAGUAACUAUUUCUUUAGAUCAGAGAUUAUAUCCUGAUAAUCACAUUAUUAUGUGGGAGAAUGCCCGAUCACCUGCCCCGCAUGAGGGUUUUGAAGUAAAGAGGAAAGGGGAUAAAGAAUUUACAGUGAAUAUACGGCUCGAAAUGAAUUAUUUACCAGAGAAGUUUAAGCUAUCACCUGCUUUGACAGAAGUUCUUGGUAUUGAGGUUGAUACCCGCCCAAGAAUUGUUGCUGCGAUCUGGCACUAUGUGAAGGCCAGGAAGUUGCAAAACCCUAAUGAUCCUUCUUUCUUUCACUGUGAUCAGCCUCUUCAGAAAGUAUUUGGAGAAGAAAAAAUGAAGUUUACAAUGGUUUCGCAGAAAAUAUCUUCGCAUUUGUUCCCCCCACAGCCCAUACUUUUGGAACACAAGAUAAAGCUCUCGGGAAACAGUCCAGCUGGGACUGCUUGUUAUGAUGUGAUGGUUGAUGUACCUUUCCCAAUUCAGAGGGAGUUGUCUGCUUUACUGGCUAAUGUGGAAAAGAACAAAGAGAUUGAGACAUGUGAUGAAGCAAUAUGUGGAAUCAUUAGAAAAAUUCAUGAGCACCGAAGGAGACGGUCAUUCUUUCUUGGUUUCAGCCAAUCGCCAGUAGAAUUUAUUAAUGCAUUGAUUGAAUCUCAAAGCAGGGAUCUGAAACUUGUGUCAGGUGAACCUAGUCGCAAUGCAGAAAAAGAGCGUCGAUCAGAUUUCUUCAACCAACCAUGGGUUGAAGAUGCUGUUAUUCGAUAUCUAAAUCGCAAACCAGCUGCGGGAAGUGAUGCUCCAGGAAGCACAUGA